AUGCCUCGCCCCGCCAAGAAGGCCGACGACAAGCUCAAGGGAGUCAUUCCUGCUACCACCAUGGUGAUGCCACCCGUUAUUGCUGGUCUCGUUCCUCCUGUGAACCCCAGCGCCGGUCCUCGUGUGGUUGAUAACGAGAGCUUUUUGCGUGUCCGCGACUCCGCUGUCAGCCGUCUCUCUACUAUUCUGGAGCUCCUCCGUUCCUUCACCAAUGAUUACAUCCGCCAGACUAGCCUGCUUCUCGGUGAGCAGCAAGGUGAUGUCAACGAGUUGAUCAACAGCUUCGACCCCAGUGCCGCCGCCGCCGGGCUCAUGCUUCCCGUUGGUGACCUGGCUGCGCCUCCAGCUGAGGAGAAGAAGGAGCGCAAGAAGCGCACUCAUGAUCCCAACGCCCCCAAGCGCCCUCUUACUCCCUACUUCCUCUACAUGCAGCACGCCCGCUCCAUCAUCGCCAACGAUCUUGGUGCCGAGGCCCCCAAGGGUGCUGUUCAGGAGGAGGGCCAGCGCCGCUGGGCCAAUAUGACCCCCCAUGAGAAGCAGGGCUGGAACAAUGCCUACCAGUACAACCUCCGCCUCUACAACGCCCGCGUUCACUCGUACAAGGCGGGCAACCCGGAGGCCAAGAACAUGACGGAUGAGGGUGCCCUCAAGUACGCCGAGGAGUUUAGCAUUCCCAUGCCGGACCUCAAGGACGCCUCCAAGACGGAAAAUGUGCAGGCAGCCAUCGCUGAACAGCUGCAAGACGACUCGGCCAAAACUCCCAAGAAGAGUGCAACGGGUCGUAAGCGCAAGAGCGAUAUCCCCGUCACCGAGGUCGAGACUCCCAAGGGCGGCCCUGCCAGCCCUGACAAGAAGCGCCGGCGCACGUCCACCAAGGCUGUUGAUGACAAGGAUGAUGGCAAGAAGUCGGCGCGCAAGAACAAGAAAUAA